AUGUCGGACUUUGAGAGAGGGAAGAACCAGGUGACCUUUUAUUUAUCGCCAAACCAGCGGGGCAUUAUCCCAGUGCCUGUAGAGUUGCAGCGCAUCAUACCUGAUACCCUGUGGAACGAGCGAGUCCAGGCAGCAACGCAGGUCGCUUCGCGUUACUCAAAGCCCUUGUUCGAGCGGAUAUGGCUGACCCUUGCUCUAAUAUCGAUCGUUGUUGUUCCCAUCGUUCUCGUCCCAGUCAUUGCGAAGGCAAUCCAUGAAGGCCAAGACCCCGACACCCUCGGUGCUCAUUAUGCUAUCGCUCGUGGCGUUGGGAUUGGGAUAUUUGCUGGUACCGCACUGCUGUUCUUCAUUCCGGUCUUCGUCUGGAAACUAAUCGGGCGAAUGCAAGUGAGGAGGCUUUUGCAGCAUUGGAUCGUGGAGGAUAGGGUAAUGCUGGACCAGACCCAGUUCAUACCAAAAUGGAUUGUCAAGCCGCCUAGUGUUUUCAGAGACAGCAUUGCGUUGUCAAUCACGACUCCCCCUCCAAUGGGUGCUACACUUUACAAUCCGGCAGCUUACAUGCCGUCGCACGUAACUGCACCCACUCCUCCCGACCCAGCAUUUACUACGGUACCUCUUCGCAACGAGGCCGACAACCCAUUUGCGGAUUUUGAUGAGAAGGUCCCUGCUCGGGGAGACAUUAGGAAUGUAUAA